GAGACCUAGACAAAGCACUGGUGUGUUCAGGUUUUUAGAGAGAGAGAGAGAUGACGGAGAAAGAGAAACAGAAAGUCGUAGCAGAGACUGAGGAGCUGCCGAAGACAAUCGUGCGCAGGCUGGUGAAGGAUAAGCUUUCUCAGCUGUCCAAAGAAGGCGACGUCUCUGUUUUACGUGAGGCUCUUCAGGCCUUCUCCGAGAGCUCUCGUAUCUUCAUACACUACCUCUCCGCUACGGCAAAUGACAUAUGCAAGGAGUCCAAGAGACAAACAAUCAAUGCUGAGGAUGUAUUUAAAGCUCUCGAAGAGAUUGAGUUUUCUGAGUUUGUUGGGCCUCUAAGAUCUUCUCUUGAAGAGUUCAGGCGAAAGAAUGCUGGAAGGAGGUCAGGAUCAUCAAAGGCAAAAGAAGCCAAAAAAAACAGUAAACAGAAAGACACAAGCAUGGAAAAUGGGAGUGAAAGCAACCAAAAUGAGGAUGAAAGCAAUGAAGUUCGGGAUGAUGCUCCUGAUAAUGACUGAAUGUGCGCCUAUUUACCCUAUCAGAGUGGUUAUAAAGAAGAAAGAGACAGAGAGGACCUGUGUUGAAUUUUUAAUCCGUCAUCAAGGGUUUUAUCCGAAGUCUUCAGUUUUUGGUUUUCAAAGUAUGCUAUCAUGGUAGACAUUAAGUAGUUAUAUCAUAGCUAAAGCUAGUUGUAGAGCCUUUGCAUAGCUGUCGGGCAUGGUUGUGUUUAGCCUUCGUAACUUUAUGUGAUCGAUGCUUCCAAAAUUCAUCCAAAGACUAUAUAAGAUUGGCUCAGCAAAAACUUGUUCGAAAUAGGCUCAUAAGAUAAAUGAACUAUGCUUGAAUUUUAUUUAAAUCUGACUUAUAUUCCAG